UAUGUUGCAAUGGAUUUAAUUAUUUUACGACAGUAAGUAACAUUGAGGAAGGCCCCUAGUGGCAAGAUCGGCAGUGAACUUAUCAAUGAUACACCAGUGUAGUGAAUAUUCCUGUGUAUAUCCGAGUAGGACAUACUGAGACGUAACAAUUUCUGUCUCAAUAUUUAUCGGACAGAAACAGUGAUGUGAUUAUUACGAGUUGUACUUAUUUUAAUUUUAUUUAGCGUCACUUUUGCGAUUGACAGUAGGGAUAAAAAUAGCACAAACUGGUUCAGACAAAUUUUAAUUCGACAGAACUUUGACAAAAUACUGUUCUCUUGUUCGUUUUUUUUUAAUAUUGUUUUGAAAAGAAAUAGUUCCGUAAGGCAUCAGUUCCAUUUUUAUUUGUGUUGUACUCUGUAUAACAAAACGAAUUAGAAGAGUCACUUACCUUUGUCAGAGGGAAAGUUGCAUCUGCCUAAGAGUUGGACAGAGAUUGACAGUCAUUUGGUCAUAUUAUAGUUAAAGAAUCUGACUACUGAGAGAGAUACAGAGAUUUCACGAAGCAUUUUCUUUAAUUUUGUACCAGUACUACCCUCCAGGUUUCUCAUAAGAAUAUUUUAUUAUUUGAAAUUGUCAUACAAUGGCAUUACACAACUCAAGUGACAACCAGUCCACUCCAUUUAUGACACUGUAUGUACGUGCUGGACGUGAUGGUCGAUCUUUGGGAGCGUGCCCAGAUAGUCAGCGUUCCAUCUUCUUGGCCGAACUUAAAUCUCUUUCUGGUGACACCAAGCCACCUCUCAAGUACCGCAUCAUUCCCGUAUGUCCUUCUCGACCUCCUCCGGAGUUCACAUGCCUCGGCGAAGGUGGAGCAAGACUUCGCCUUCCUGCAGCAAAGUUGGAUGCCGGGCCAUGGGGUCCGGAGUCAGUUGUUGACAGCGCAGAUGACAUUACAGCUCUUCUCGAGAAAUACUUCCCAGGUGGUGUUGCAAAAGCUGCUACACCUGAGCUGGAGGCUGCUGCGGAGCUAGCGACCAGGGACAUGUUCUCCCGCUUCUGCUAUUUGGUUCGCGGCGUGGUGCGCGACACAUCACAGCUGGAGGCGGAGCUGCGUAAGGCGGACGCGCACCUCCUGGGGCUGCGGGGGCCAUUCCUUACGGGCGCCGCGCCCACCCUGCUGGACGUCGAGGUGCUGCCCAAGCUGCAUCAGGCGCGCGUCGCCGCCCACACCAUCAGGGGUUACGAAAUCCCGGCUGACCUGACCGGGCUGUGGCGCUGGCUGCACGCGGCGUACUCGCUCCCGGCUUUCGUCGCGUCGUGCCCGUGUGACGCGGAAAUCACGCUGCACUGGCUGGACGCACUGGGCGAGUCCACGGCGAGCCCGGAGCGGCGCCGCCAGAUGCGGGCCCUGUACGAGGGCGGCCCGCGCUUUUCGCUCACAGUUCCCGUCCGCGCCACACCCGUCGUCAUAGAGUAG